AUGGAGGAAGGGCGGCAGCAGCGGUCUGGCGGUGUGUCACCUGGCACCAUUCCCCACAGCUGCGCCGUGUCAAAUGAGAAGAGGACGCCACUCUCUUCGUCACGCCCGGUGGUUAAAGCGGCGGGGGCGCUGAAGGCAAGUGUGGCGCUGUCCGAUGUCGCCAAGGUCUCUCCCGCUCCACACCAGCCGCAGCAGCCAAAACUGUCAUGCGGGGAAGAGGUGGCGGCAUCCGAGAGUAAUGCGGUGACAAGGGACGCGCGCCUGCGGGAAAAAUACGCUGUCGUGAAGAACAUGCGCGCCCACGAGGCUCGAGAGGCGCUUGGGCGUGAGUGCGAAUUGUCACACCUUAUUAUCGAGCUAAAGAAGCGCCUAAAAGAGAUGGAGGUGUCGCACAAUGUUGAGCGGGAAACCCACGCGCGGGAGUCCUUCUACCUGAUCAAGGAGAAUGAAGGGCUGAAAGAGCAAGUACGCUUGGCAGAGAAGAUGCUGACCGAUGCUCGUAGUAGUUUCGAGGCGGAGAUGCAGCAGAUGCGUACACAGAUGUGCGACUUAAAGCAAAAACUACAUGAGGAGUGGCUCCGCGCUACCGCACGAGAGGCUGAACAUGAGCGUGUUGUGCAGCACCUCUGUAGCAGCCUCCACGCCACGCAAGCUGAGAUGGAGCGCUACGCGGAGGAGAACCGUGAGCUGGCUUCUGUGAAGGAGGCACUGAGGAACAUGACGGCGAAAUGCGUGGGGGCGCAAGAGGAGUGCAGCCUGUGGCAUGAGGUGCUGCGCCGCCGCGAGGUGUUUCUGCUGCUUGAGAGGGAAAUGCUUGUGGAGCUCCAGAGUGACUGCGCACGGACGCUGUGCAGCAGCUGGCGCCAACAGGAAGAGCCGCUGCGCGCGCGGGUGUCGGGCGAUGCCAAUCGCGUUAUUGCCAGCAUGCGUAGCAGUGUUGAUGUGUACGAUGAGGUAAAGCGUCUACUGCUGGAAGAUGCCACGGCGUCAGUGGAGCGAGCAGCGCUUGUUGCACAGCAUCGCUCCAGUGUGCAGGAGGCGUUGCGUCUGGGUGAGAAGCACGAAGCAUUGUCUGCUAUGUUUGCGCAGUGCAUGCGGGAUUUUGACGCCACUCGGGACGGCUAUCUCGAGAAUGUGGCGUGGCUGAAGACGUUGGAUGACGCCACGCUUAGUUAUGUGCUGCGUCAACGCGAUGAUGAGGUAGCGGAUAAAUUGCGCACCUGGAAGGACGCGUUGCUGGAAGCGCACAGGCUUCUGCGCGCGCUGUUGAUGCGUUAUGAGCCUUUUCAGCGUGGGGAUGAGGAUUUCGUGAAGCACGUUAUUGAAUGUUUGGCGUCUGCUCCACAUGUAAAGGAUCCUGUCAAUGUAUGGCUGCACUGA